CUCGAUUGUAGCCCAGUCUACAUGGAGUCAGGUCGGUUAAUCGGUGACGACAGAAUCGGACGGAUGUUAGCGGCCACCCGAAGUGCUGGGAAUCCACCCGCGACAGCCUGGUCAACAAAUACUUUGAGAAAUGCCAUAUUCUCUAGUUUCGACCGUACCCUGUGCGUGAUCGGUAGUGAGUUGUUGACAACAACAACCAGAAGGAAACUCGCGCUUUCUCGUGGGGAGCGCGAACAAGGUCCAGAAAUUGAGGCUGAGACCAGUAACAGAACGAGUGGCCUCCAAUGGUUUUUGUUCGUUGUUGGGAAACAUACGCCUCCCAUGACCCGCCAGUGCCUUCGGCGUAAACAAUUCAAGCUCCUUCGAGCAAACAAGAACCACGCGUUUUGGAGGUGGAAUCGCUCGGCCGAGCAGUAUGGCUUGCCUACGGGGGGGAAUGGUUCGCCGGAGAGGAUCUUGUCUGAGACAAACGCGAUCCACCCUCAAUAACGACAGAGCGCCAUCAAUGUCGCAGUACUGCGACGACAGUCUAUUUUUAACGUGUUGGGCCACAACGUUCUCACGAGGCGGGGAGAAAUGGUGAUGCGCGCUGAUUUUCACGACAUUGAGAACACCAUCGGACAUGCAAAGACCACCCGGUGGGUGAAAGGGUGGAAGUGGCGCAAAGCUGGCAAUGAGACCCAAUUCCUAACAAGGCAUACCUCUGCUCCGUGAGAUCUGGGUGGACCGGCGGCAUGUUGGGUGCAUGCUCCUCUCGCGAGGCCUUCCAUACUCCGCAGCACUUGGC